GCGGUGAGGGCAAGAUUACUUCCUGUCAAGAUGGCUGUUGUGAGAGGAUAUGCGGGUCUGUGGAGGACACGUAGCACGUUGCUAUCUAGAACCUCUGCCCUGUUACCCGCUUUCGUCCGAACACAGACCUCUGUGAGCAGGGACCUGGUGCCCCACACCUCGCUGUCCAGACCUCCGUGGCCGGAGCAGACAAACCUCGUCCCGGCGGAGGAGGAGCGGAGGCGACACGCCGCGGUGGUGAGCAUCGUGAACCAGCGGAUCCACCAGCAGAACUUCGGCCGACUGUUCGCCGUGGUGCAUUUCGCCGGCCACCAGUGGAAGGUCACCGACGAGGACCUGAUCCUGAUUGAGAAUCACAUCGAGGCGGAGUGUGGGGAGCGGAUCCGGAUGGAGAAGGUGCUACUGGUCGGAGCGGAGGACUUCACCCUGGUUGGAAGGCCACUGCUGAGGAAGGAUCUGGUCCGGGUCGAAGCCACCGUCAUAGAAAAGACCGAAUCAUGGCCUAAAGUCCACAUGCAGUUCCAUAAGAGACACCGGUUCCAGCGCAAAAAAAUCAUCGUCCAGCCUCAGACGGUGCUAAGGAUCAACAGCAUUGAACUGGCUCCCAGCCUGUCCUGAGGAAGACCGGCUGGGUCAGAGGGACUGCGGGUUCACGGUUCUGCAAACACGCGAGGGUCAGAAUCUGAACUGGACUGCUGUGAACAUGCGUGUGCUGAGUUUACUCCUGUAAAUAAACUGUUGCAAAGAUGCUAAUCUGA